GAUGACAUCACUGAGCUGCGGCACUCUGCCAUAUGAACCAGGAAGAGCCGGACGGUCCUUUAGCUCCGCCGCCGCCGUCGCUUCUGUUUUUAUUAUGAUCGCGUUCGGUUUAACACUCGUCAGACAUGGUGAAACACAGUACAAUAAGGACAAACUACUGCAGGGUCAAGGUAUUGACACCCCCCUUUCAGAAGUGGGAGUGCGACAGGCAGAAGCAGCAGGACACUACCUCAGAGAUAUUCGUUUUACCAAUGCUUUUGUUAGCAAUCUGCAGAGAGCUGUACAGACUGCUGAGAUAAUUUUGAGAAACAAUGUCCACUCUUCUAGUGUUGAGAUGGUGCUGGAUCCAUUACUCAGAGAAAGGCAGGGGUUCGGUGUGGCUGAGGGCAGGCCCAAAGAAGACCUGAAGAACAUGGCCAAUGCAGCAGGCCAGUCCUGCAGAGAUUUCACACCACCAGGUGGAGAAACACUUGAUCAGGUGAGGACCCGCUUCCAGAAGUUCCUUAAGUAUCUGUUCCAGCGAAUCCUGGACAACCACUGUCACGCUGCUCAACACGUGUGUCCCAGUUCUAUCCCAACACUUCCAGAAUCCUUACCACCUGUCGUUGCAGGACUAGCUGACGACGGAGUCGCUGACCUGCUUUUUCACACUUUAGUGGUGAGCCAUGGUGCCUAUAUUCGAGUAGCAGUGCACCACCUGGUGGAGGACCUGCACUGUAGCCUUCCUGUGGGGCUGAAGAUGAACCAGGUAUACUCACCCUGCCCCAACACAGGCAUUUGCAGGUUCACCUUCACUCUAGAUGCAGAUGUGAGUGGCCCACAACCCACUGCAGUCCACUGUGUCUUCAUCAACAGGAGGGAUCACUUGGCUAUCCUCAAAGACUUAGACUAGAGGUUCAGUGUGGUAGCUUCCUGAAAACAGCUACAGCAACUGCAGUGUUGCUUUUGGUUCAGACUUUAAGGACACACUGACUACAGUUUAUAUCCUUUAAUUUAUCGACGAGAAAAAAAGUUUCUGUCUAUGUGAUCUGUGUUACAGUGCAUUGUUUAUUUAAAAUUCUGAGAUUGCUGUGAUCCUAAAUGCAUAAAAAACUAUUUUAUAUUUGCAGUGUGGGGUUUGAAAGACAGCAUGUUUGUGCAAUACUGUUUUUAACAUCCACUAUAUUACCGUUAAACGAAGACAAACUUUGUAUGCAUUUCAUAUGUCCCUCUAUGUGAAAAGAGGACAUGGUGAAAGGUAUUAUAUUCCAUGUGAAAUAAAGAGUGAUGAAUACUUUAGUUCA